UGCAAGAUGACUCAUUCGGGAGAAAGACACGGGAGGGAGAGCACGCACGCCCGUCUCCCCGCACAUACGCGUUAUCCCUUCACCUAAGUGCCUAGGAGUGUGCCAGUCGUGCCAUUAGGUGCACGCGUGUAUCUGAACGUAGUGACACAAGCUAUGGAGGCAAGCAUGUACGAGGACGGCUCCUACAACAACUAUUCCCGGGAGAGUGUGUCACAGAUGAAGAGAAGGUUAACUCUCGAUCUGACCAGCCGCCCCAGCAAGAGGCAGCGGGGCACCACCACCACCACCGCCAACUUCAACCCGCUGCUCACCUCCCCGGACCUCAACCAGCUGAAGCUCGCCUCGCCUGAGCUGGAGAGGAUAAUAAUGCAGCAAAGCGGGGCGGCCAUUCUAGGUGGCAGCGCGGCAGCCAUCUCAGCGGCCCCAGCUACCACCACCACCGCCACCACGGCCACCACACAGAGUUUUUUCAAAACCACCACAGCGGAGGAAGAAGAGUUCGUCAAGGGCUUCGAGGACAGCCUAGAGCAGUUACACCACCAAGACUCCCUGCAUUCCACCUCCAACCUGCAGUACACACAGCUAGAGGUCCCAGCGGCGUCAUCCACCCAGACACACCCCGCGCCGCUCCUCCCCCCGCAGAUCAAGGAGGAGCCCCAGACCGUCCCUAGCGUUGGGUCCCCGCCGCUGUCCCCGAUCAACAUGGAGUGCCAGGAGAGAAUCAAGCUGGAGAGAAAGCGGCUGCGUAACAGGAUUGCCGCCUCGAAGUGCCGCCGUAGGAAGCUGGAGAGGAUCAGCCGCCUGGAGGAGAAGGUGCGUCUGCUGAAGGGGGAAAAUGUGGAGCUACAGAACGUGGUUAACAGAUUACGUGACCAGGUGUGUUCACUCAAGCAGGAGGUCAUGGAUCACGUGAAUUCAGGUUGCCAGAUACCCUUCGUCACCACCAACCAGUGAUGACCUGACCACCAGCCCCUCACCUCACCAUGACCUCUCUCUCUCUCCCUCUCCCGUGUGUUCUUGUUGGGUCAUGACCUUAAGUGACCUAUCGUGAUCUUUCCCUGUUUUACGGUGCUAAAUUUACCUGACCUCACCUAACCUGACCUGAGCAAGACACUCCAGGGAGCUUGACCCCCUCCCCUCUCCACCACCACCACCACCACCUCCCCCUGCCCCGACCAGAGGACACCACGCCCCCCUGUGCCCCACCCCUACCAAAUUGCCCGUCCCCCCUUGGAUGUAUGGGGGGGCGGGGGGUGUAUAAUAACGGGGGCUCUAGUCAAAACCUCUUGCUCUUCUUCCCGCCCCCUCCUCCUGCCCCCCCCCCCCCCCGCUGUGAUAGUGCCCGCGCUCUUGCGUUCACACACACACACACACACGAGUGGUGAAAUAUGUAUGUGCGUGUGUAUGCUUGGAAAUAUACGCACACAUACACACAUACACACACACACACACACAUACACACACACAUAUAAAGUGAUGAAAGAAAUAUAUAUAUGUAUAUUAUGCGCGUGUGUACGUGGAAAAAAUACACACACAAACUUACAUAAGAGUGAUGCAAAUACACACACACACACACACACACACACACACACACACACACACACACACACACACACACACACACACAAGUGAUGAAAUAUAUAUAUGUCCGUGAGUGUACGUGAUGCAAACAAACAAACACACACACACACACACACACACACACACACACACACACACACACACACACACACACACACACACACACACACACACACACAGCAAUGAACACUUUUUUAUAGAUAUGUCAGUCUGUAUGUAUGUAUGUACUAUGUAUGAUAUAUAUAUAGUUAUGUAUAUUUUAUAUGCAAGAAAAUACAACAAAGAAAGUAACAAAAAUAUAUAAAAAAUACAAAUAAAAUGAUUUUCUUAUGCAAUACCUUGUGUCAAGCGAUAAUUCUUUUGUAUUCAAGAAAAUAUUGUUUUUUUCUUAUUUAUAUAUAAAUAAAAAAAUGACGAAA